CUACACUAGAAACUGAUUAAAUUGAACUUGUAUAUUUCAGUGGAGUGGUGCUAUGUCUUCGGGAAUGACUGGACAAACACCGUGCUUAACCAGCCGAUGGGAUCAGCCAGCCCAACCUAAACAGAGUGUAGAUGUAAAGCAGCAGAGGAAUAGUGAAAACGCAGCGCAUCAUGUCUCCUUAUCAGGAGUUGUCAGCACGGCUGCUUCCAUCAGCACAGUUUCCCAGCCGCUACAAAAAGGAGCAGAGUCUUCGAUACGCGAUGCAGAGAGGCCAGCCCCUCAGGGAGGAGUUGAAAUGGCUGCAGCCAUGGCUGCCAAAAUAAAUGCCAUGUUAAUGGCAAAAGGAAAAUUAUUGACUCCUCCACCAUUACUGGCAAAGACUCCUCCAAGUGCGCCAGUGUCAACCACUUCAGAAGAGAUGGUUGUCACAGAGGUAGACAUAAAUGAUGUUCCAAUAAACUGCAGGGACCUUCUUACUAAAGGCAAAACACAGGAGGAGAUUCGACAGUUUAGUGGGGCAGUGGUCUCAACAAAAGGUCAUUACAUGGCUGACACCGAAAAGGGAAAAGUAGGACAAAGACCUUUGUAUUUGCAUGUCCAGGGAAAGAACCAAGACCAGGUCAAUAAAGCUGUAUUGAGAAUAAAGGAGAUCAUCUCUGAGGACGUAUUGAGGGCCUCCGCAGCAUCAGGAGGUCAACAGACACCAGUCAUGCCUCCACUCACAAUCUACCCUCAGCCCCCUCGGCCUGUCAUUCCCACACCUGUGCCACGGAUGCCAAACACUAACGCAGUGCCAGGACAUGGACAUCGGCCUGCAGCUCCUCAUUCAGGAAGUUUCGUGCACACAAAGAUUUUUGUCGGUCUGGACCAGGCGUUGCCCUCGUUCAACGUAAAUGAAAAGGUUGAGGGUCCUGGAGGUUCAUACCUGAGUCACAUCCAGACGGAGACGGGGGCUCGAGUCUUCCUCAGGGGAAAAACUUCUGGCUACAUUGAACAAGCAUCAAAACGAGAGUCCUUUGAGCCUCUUUAUGUCUAUAUCAGCCACCCAAAUGCAGCUGGGCUGGAGGCAGCAAAGAAACUCACAGAGUCUCUGCUGGAAACUGUGAGAGCAGAACAUGGCCGCAUGGUGUCGAUGUACACGGCCACCGGCUCUACACAACCAUACGCAGCACAUGGAUUUCCACCUAAUAGCAAUUACUCUAGCCAGGGGUCCUGGUAUAACUACCCAGCAAAUGGGUAUGCUGGCGGCUAUUCAGCGUACCCAGGAGCCGGUGGUUAUUGGAGUAAUGCAAAUGGUCCCCCAAGUCAUUCUAACAUGUCGACAAACCCUCCAUCUUCUCAGGCAAUGGUUCAGUAUCCGGUGUGUCCAAGGAAACCGCAUCCGUAUCUCGUCCAGGACCCUGGCAGCAGAGAAACUGUGGAGGCUGAAGGAUCUUUAAACACCCCCCCUGACUCAGGAAGUCCCAAACAUCAUUUCCAGGAGGUGGCUGAAGAAGAACAGCCUUCCAGCAGCUCUCCGGAGGGUCCUCCUCAUCAGGAAUCUGCACCUCCUGCCUCCAGUGCCGGAGAGGAGAGAGUAGUAGAAAGGAUUCUGAUGCCUCCACCGCCACCUCCCUUUACAGCUCCUGCCCCUGUUGCACGCAAAAGGCCGAGAGACGUGGUGACGGAAGAUCCAGCCUGUCUGCCCGACAGCACCGCGUCAGUUGGAGUUCAAGAGGAGGUGUGUGAGAAGAAGUCUAAAGUGGAUGAAGAUGCAUCAGGGCUAGUGCCCUACGGAGAAGACUCCUCUGAUGAAGAGGAGGAGAGGACACGCAGCAGUAAGACCGAUAACUCAUAACCCCUGCCCCGCCCCUUCCCACUGUCCAGGAUGCCCACAGACCCAAAAACGACAUACUGUCGACGUCACAAUUCUCAGACCCCAAUAAAAGGAAAAAUCCACCCCUGCAUUUUUAUACACUGUAUCAAGACCAUAUCACUUUUUCUUCAUGUUUUAACACUUUUACUAAUCUGACGCACCAGGUGGUUUGUUACACUGUGACAUAGAUGGUUUGAAACUGGUUAGAGAAAGGCAGGUACUUUAAAAAAAAAAAAAAAAAAACGUGACAGGUGAUUGGAUGAACCAUCUGUCUUUCACUGUCUAACCUUGCGAGGCAGUUGGAUUUGCGAGAAUCCUCAAAGGACACAGAUUGGUGGUUCGGACACACGGUUAGUCCAAACUUGACCAGACAGAUUCUUGUGUGAUCUUGUGAAGUUGUGAAUCCAGCUACCACACAAGGUAUUUCAUUUACUACAAAACGCAUAUAUAAUUGCUGACAAUCUUCCCAUUUUUAAAUGUUACAGGUUUUUAUAGGAUUUUUUUAUUUUCUUUCUUCCCAACACAGUGGUUUCCAUUCAUCUCUGUGCGUCACUUACUUCAGAUUUCUGGUAUUCUAUUGCCAUUUAGGACACACCAUCAGGUCUUAAUACAGGGUAAACAGGCCAAAGAUGCAGAAAAACAUUGAUAUGGUCUUUUAAAUAUCACUGGUUUCUGAUGUUGAGUGCUUUCCUGGAGUUUUUAGAAAGAAGGAUUGUUCUUUUCUCUCCUGAUGUAAGUAUGUAUGUGUAUGUAUUGCCUUUGUUUUUGCCAUUUAUUUGAGUCAGUGUAGUAAGACAAUAAACAAGGGAAGGGAGAAAGGUGUGACAUGCAAGGCUCCCCUGGCCAGGAAUUGAACCAUGGACAUUUUAGUUAUAUGGUAGGCACCUUAACCAUUAGGCCACAAGGACACCCCAGUAACGCCUUUCUUUAACCUCCCAGAAAAUUGUAGGAUUUAAUCAAAGUUGGGCAUAUUUCAAUUUAUGCACACCUGAUGUAAUGCAAAUGUAAAUAGAUAGCUGGCCAACUAGUUUAUAAACAUUGUACGCUGUGUUUUCCAUUAGCUACAUGCCGUUAAAGAAUCUUGAGGCUUAGUUUUUAGAAAUAACAAAUCUUUUCUGCAAUGUUUUCUCCCUAUGUUAUUGCUUAAUAUUAAUUGAAAAUGGUGAGUCUAUUUUUAAACCUUUCUUUUAGACAAUAAAACUUGCACUUACCAUUCUUUUUUUAGAUGGCCGAGGAAUUUUUUUUAGUUAUGAAAAACAGUGUCUAGUAAAGCAGAUCACAUCACCAGUAGCCCGUUUUUAACAGUAAGUAUUAUGGGUGGAUUUUUCCUUUUUAAUGUGGAUACAGUUGUGUAAUAACUACAGGUGGAUUCUUCUUUCUUAAAACACUUUAAUUUCAUUUUUCAACGCAUCUUUUGUUAAUCAAAAACCAGCCAGUCUCAGCCCCAUUUCCUUUUUUUUUUUUUUUUUUUGAAUUUUAUCACUUGGACUGCUGCAGUUACUGAUGGUAUAAAUACAUAUUGUAAACUUCAGUGAAACUUUUUUCUUAUCUUGGAAAAUGGUGUAUGCCUGUUCCCAUGGAAUACUAUAAUAAACACACCUGAAAUUCC